AUGAAGUGCUUUAUUGAUCUUCUUCCUUCCAUCUCAUGUGUGGCGCUGAUUCUUUCCUUUCUGCCUCUCCUCCUUCUCUUCACUUGUCGCUGCAGCUGCGUUUCCCCCCACUUUCUAGAGGCGAUUGACGGAGUGGUGGCGGAUGUAAGGAGGGCUGCUAGUUUCCCCCCGGAAGUUCUUGAGGCGAUUGACAGAGUGGUGGCGGAUGUGAGGGGCAAGCGGGAGAGAGAGGAGAGGGAGAAGGAGGAGAGGGAGAGGGAGGAGAGUAAAGCUUCUGGUGGUGAGAAGCGAGGCGUGGCAGAACGAGGGCUGACGGGGUUGCAAGGGGAGAAGGGCGAGGAGGAAGGGGGAGAUGAGGAGGAGGAUAGGGGGGAGGAAGAAGAGGCGGGGGCGGUUCGUGGAGGAGCGAGGGAGGAAGCGGAGGAGGUGGAGGAGAGGAGGAGAUGGCAAAUGUGGAGGAUCAAUGAGAGCUUGAAGCGAAGGCAGCAACAAUGGCAGGUACGUGGGGGAGGAAAGAAGGGGGAAGAGGGAGGGGAGGGGGAGGUGGGGGAUGAAGGGGAGGGGUUUAGCAGGAGACACUAG